UUUUUCUUACCGUCAACAUUAUUAUCAGUACUCAACAAUUAAUUCGGGAAUUAAACGUUUCAAAACUUUUGUAUUAUUUUUUUUUUAAAUUUUAAAUUACAUGAUAAUUUUUUUUAAUGGGAUUUUUAUUCCGGAAAUAAUUUUUUCAAUAUACGAGGAAUCUAAUACAGUACAUGGAGCCAUUAUCGUUGUUACCAUAUUCCAACCAGAACAUUUUGUCAAACAUACAAGUUGUCGAAAGAUUUAACUCCAUAACUUUAAAAGUAAUCACCUUUGUCGACGUCUACCACAUCGAAAGUCCAGGCAAUGGCUCUUGAUUUUGCUGCCGGAUGUCUUGGAGGUUGUGCCGGUGUAAUUGUCGGCCAUCCUCUUGAUACCGCAAAAGUAUUUCUUCAAACACAAGAUUCAAGAAAUCUAAAGUACAAUGGUACUUUUCAUUGCCUAAAAUCAAUUUUCGCCAAACAAGGUGCUAAAGGAGUCUACAGGGGAGUCACCAGUCCAUUAUUGGGCGUGGCAGGCAUAAAUGCCAUAGUUUUUGGUAUAUAUGGCAAUACUCAGAGGUGCAUGAAAAAUCCAGAGUCUCUUAGAAGCCAUGCUCUUGCUGGUGCAGCUGCUGGAUUUGUACAAAGUUUCAUUUGCAGUCCCAUGGAAUUGGCAAAAUCAACAAUGCAGGUUGGUAAUACGACAAGUAAAAGCCCUCUAAACUGUCUCAAAACAAUUUAUAAUGAUAGGGGACUGAAAGGAGUAUUUAGAGGGUUAAAUUUAACAAUUUUAAGAGAAGUACCAUCGUUCGCAGCGUAUUUUUUCACCUAUGAACUUUUAACUAGAAGAAGUGACAACUUACAGGUAUCAACUUUAAGUAUGCUUGUAGGAGGUGGUUUUGCAGGUGUUGUUUCUUGGACUAUUGUCUAUCCAAUAGAUGUCCUGAAAUCCAGAUUCCAAUUGAAUUGGAAUUACGCAAGCUCCUACGAUUGUUUGGUACAAAGUGUUAAAUCAGACGGAGUGUCCUGCUUAUUCCGAGGCUUAUCUCCAACCCUGAUAAGGGCAUUUCCAGUGAACGCAGUUACCUUCACUGUAGUGACGUGGACUAUGAAGUUGUUAAGUGAUGUGAGCAUUUCAAUUCCAAUAAAGAAUACUGAAGUAUUAUUAGAUAAGUAUGCAGACGCUAUGGUCAUGAAUACCGCUCAACAAACGCUUCUUGCUGUUUUAUAGUGAAUAGUUGUUGUUUCUAAUUAUGUUUUAUAUUUUUGCUAUAUUCUAAGUUUUAUAUUGCACAAAAUAUACGUAUUAUUGUUAU